UAUGAGAUUUGGGUGAAGGAACUUCCCUAACACCCGGCAUUCUCAUUUUUAUUGUUUACAUUUCACUUUUCUUUUUUUAUUGCUUUACAUUUCAUUAUUAUUUGUUAAGUUAGAAUCAACCCCCAAACACUAAACCCUUCCACUCAUUUGUGCAUAUCCAUCACUAGGCUCUUAGUUUUGAUUAGGCUUUAGUGAAAAUCAAAGCCGAGCAUUGCUAAGGCUUGGUGCCUUAGAUUAGUUUUAUUUUAUUUUAUUUGUUUGCUACGUGUCUUUAUUUCUAAUUAUCCAAGGAUUGUGGGUUAGCCACUAAUCCCCGUGGUACGAUAACUUUGGGCAUUAUACUUCCCUAUCUUGACAACGAUACGUACGCUUGCGUAAAUGUGUAUCAAGUCAAUGGCGCCGUUGCCGGGGAUCGAACCCGGGUCACCAGCGUGACAGGCGGGAAUACUUCCCACUAUCCAAGUGAAUGGCGCCGUUGCUGGAAAUUAUUUUAUUCAAAAGUUAGUGGAUAAUUUUAUUGCUUUAUUUUCAUUAUAACAUUUGAUUUGAAAUUCCCCAGUAAUGAAAUGAUACUUCCUUAUAUUUUGUUUUAAGAAUUCAGCGUAUAGUGUGAAGCAAAUAUAAUGUGAUUGACUUUUGAAUCCUAUAUUUUGUGCCCACCAUUGUAGGGAUUCUUCCCAUCCUUUAUGAACGAGCCUUGCACUUUUAUGCAUAACACCAUUGUUGAUUAUUGCGUCAGCAGUCCUAAAUCCAUUUAGUUAGGUGUGAGGCUGAUGGUAGCCAUUUCGUUUCCUUCUUUCAUAUUUGGUGUUCUGAUGUUCACAUAAUCAAAAGUGUACAAACCAUUUGUUUGCUGUUCUCACAACAUACCAUAAGGGUGGCAAUCCCCUUCUUUCAUACUUGGUUUUCUGUUGUUCACAUGUAAUGUGUUCAUACCUUGUAUUUUCUGUUCUUACAACAUAUCAUGGUAAUUGAUGAUUUUUCGAUUUCUUUAUAUUUGGAUAUGAUUUUAUAGGUAAAAAUUUCUUGUUGCGUAUAAUGGAGAAGUUAUAUAUCUAUAGAGUUUUGCAUUUAUACUAUUGUAUAGAUGGAGAAGUUUUAGGGCGCAACUUUUGAAGAUAAUUUAUUAUUUUCUUAUGAUACUACCGCUCCUGCUCCUUUUUUUUUUGGGUAAUGUUACGUUCUAACUUGAAUAUCAUAACUUUGCAAGACUUAGAUCUCUACUCGAUUUGUCAUGAUAUUUGUUACUGAUGGGUUUAUGCAGUAAAAGACUAGAAAAUAGUCUAAUUUUUUAUGUUACUAAUAUGGAUCUAAAAUUGUUUGCUUGAAAAACUUUUACUGGGUUGGAUGAAUUUUUGAUGAUAAUUGUUUCUUAGUUAAAUUAUUUUCAUAUAGAACAAGGUGCAUGUGAUUUGAAUCCAACACUUGCUUUACUCUCUGUUUUGCUUAACUUUUGUACUAAUUUACCUGUUUUGCUACAUUUUGGCAGGAAACUAUUGGUGAUUGCAAAGGUGAGAGAGAAAGGGAGCUCAAAAAGCUGUUGGAAAUUUAUAAUAGCAAAAUAAGGUACUUGCAUGAUGUAUUAAAAGAGUCCAAAAUGCAAGACAUGGUUUGUUUCAUUGACCCUGCAAUGACUGGUGAGAAAGGGUGUGGGAGGGCAACAUCGAGGUCCCGAAGUAUAAAAGAUUGCCUCAUAAGUGCUCCUCCAAAUCAGAUUUUCUUGUUGCCUUACAAUGCAUCGUACUUGCAUGAUGUAUUAAAAGAGUCCAAAAUGCAAGACAUGGUUUGUUUCAUUGACCCUGCAAUGACUGGUGAGAAAGGGUGUGGGAGGGCAACAUCGAGGUCCCGAAGUAUAAAAGAUUGCCUCAUAAGUGCUCCUCCAAAUCAGAUUUUCUUGUUGCCUUACAAUGCAUCAGUUCAUUGGAUGUUGACUGUGAUCGAUCCGGACAAUGAAAUUGUCUAUUUUAUGGAUCCAUUGAGAAGACGUCUUGCAGGCGGAGAAUGGAAAGAUAUUGUUGACACUGCCAUAUCAAUGUUUAAAGGGGAACGUAACAAGAAAGGACGAAGUUCUGUUCAAUGGAAGAACACGGCAGGUAUUCCAUCACAGCCAAAAAACAAACAAUGCGGCUAUUUUGUGAUGAGAUAUAUGAGGGAUAUCAUCCAUGAUACAAACUUGUCAUUUGCAGAUAAGUGGGCUAGGAGAGCCAACCAUGUUUAUGGUCAAGUGGAAAUUGAUGAAGUGCCUAAUGAGAUCGCAAGUUAUGUGGUGAAGAACAUCCUCAAGCUGUAAAGUAUGUAGUUACUCAUGCCGUAGAAGCUCUGAAGUGAAAUAGGGAGGAAAUGUGUAUUUGUGCUCCGAAGUGACAAUUUAAAGUACAUUUAUGGACCUAUUUUGUUAGUGGAGUAGUAUAGAUGUGCUCCAUCUUUUGGUAUUGGAGUAUUAUAGAAAUGCUCCUUAUUUUGCAUUGUCUAAUCCAUUUAGGUACAACUAUGUGGAUUAUAACAAUAUUA